GCCGUGUUUCAGGCGGAAGCUUACUCGUCUGCAAGCACGGAAGAUGGCAUCGUGUCUGUCUCCUCUGGAAGAAGACCUCACAUGUCCAGUGUGCUGUGAGAUUUUCUCAGAACCUGUGCUUCUCUCAUGCAGCCACAGUUUCUGUAGAAAGUGCUUGGAGCAAAGCUGGAAAGAAAAACAGAAGAAAGAUUGCCCUGUUUGCAGACAGCAGGCGUCCAGUGAGGAGCCACCAUUAAACUUAGCUUUGAAAAAUGCUUGUGAGUUUGUAGUGAAGGAGCGGAGUGCGGGAGCUUCCAGAGCAUCGCAAGGUGUGUGUCCGGUUCAUCUGGCUGGGAAGCUGCAGCUGUUCUGUGUGAACGAUCAGCAGCUGGUUUGCAUGGAAUGUGUGGCUGGGGAUCACCAACAGCACAGCUUCUGCUCCAUCAGCAAAGGGGCCGAGGAACGCAGGGAGGAGCUCAAGACAAAGCAGAAGGCUCUACAGGAGAAACUAGAUUCGGUUAAGAAUGCUAAAAACAUCUAUGUCCUGCAUUUUGAGUCUCAGGUCCAAAACACAGAGAGGCAGAUAAAAGAAGAGUUCGAGAAGCUUCACACGUUCCUCAGAAAGGAGGAAGAGGCCAGGAUUGCAGCACUGAGGGAAGAAGAGCAGGAAAAGAAGAAGAAAUUGGAACAGAAGAUCACAAAGAUGGAGAGAGAGAUUGAGUCUCUUACUGAGAAAAUUGAAGUAAUCAAGGAUGGAUUGGCUUCUGAGGAUGUGCCUUUUCUGAAUAAAUAUACUGAAGCAAAAGAAAGUGCUGAGUACACAGUCCUGGAUCCAGAGCUGGAUUCAGGAGCUCUGAUUGAUGUGGCCAAACACCUGGGGAACCUGAGAUACAGAGUGUGGGAGAAGAUGAAGGACCUCUGUCCUUACUUUUCAGUGAUUUUGGACCCGAAUUCUGCAAACGGCAGCCUCACCCUGUCAGACGACCUGAGCAGGCUUAUACCCGGGGGCCCAGUGCAGGCUCUACCAAGCAACCCUGAGAGGUUUACCGGGCAGACUGCGGUCUUAGGCUCUGAGGGAUUCACCUCUGGAGUCCACAGCUGGAUGGUGGAGCUUGGAGAGAAUGAGUGCUGGAAAAUAGGAGUGGCCAAGAUGUCAGUGAAACGAAAGAUGUUUGCUCCUGCCAAUCCAGAGGAUGGAAUCUGGGCCGUACGCUGGAAUAAAGGACAGUCCUCCUGGAACAACUGGUUCACACGUAUAGAGAAAAUUAGAGUUCAGCUGGACUGUGAUGAGAAAGAGGUGACAUUUUUUGACAAUUACAAUGCACAGCUAGCGGUCAAGUCUUUCCGGGUCAAAGAACAGUUAUAUCCGUUUUUCUUCACUACGAGCAGAUAUGCUCUCAGGAUCCUACCAUCCAAAGUGAUGGUGAAGAAAAAAUAAUCAUUUUUGCUCAUUGGUGUACGUUGUGAAGUUCCUUUUAACUGUGAAUCAAAGUACUGAAUUGAAUAUGAAUUGGGGGCAGUCGUGGACUGGAGGUUAAGGACCCAGCCUCGUGACCAUAAGGUCCCUGGGUUCGAUCCCCAGAGCCGACAGCACGUGACUGAGGUGUCCUUGAGCAAGACACCUAACCCCCAACUGCUCCCCGGGCGCUGCGAAUUGGGCUGCCCACUAGAGUGUGUGUGCUGUUUCACUGCACAGAUGGGUUAAAUGUGGAGGUGAAAUUUCCCCGUUGUGGGACUAAUAAGGGUCUCUUAAUCUUAAGUACUGUUUUUUCCUGCUGUGUUACAUCAGUUUAGAAAAUCCUUAAAAUUACAGCCAGUUGCCUUCUUCUGGAUGCAAGAAAUUGACAUUAUAAUAAUCAUACUUAGACUGUACCUUGUAACCAUUGUCCGUCUUAUUAAGUAUUGAAUUGCCUGUAAUGCUUACUCCAGAAACUGGGGGUCAAUAAGCUGUGCAGUCGGCUCUGGUAAAAAAUAAAAGAGAAGAAGAAAACAUU